UUGACAACUUAUUAGCAAAAAUUCAUUGGAGAAAGUUUGUUUUCUGCCCAAAAAUUAGUUAAAAAUUUUCCUGAUUUACGACAUUUGAAAUCAAAGAAACAGAUAAAAAUGGUCAGGAACUAUCAGCGCAAGAAACCUCCACUUGAUACGGAAAAACUAACUCAGGCAAUUAAUCUGUUGCAAAGUGAAAAAGUAUCAGUAAGACGGGUAGCCAAGACGUUUGGUCUGAAUUACUCAACACUCACUCGCUACCUAAGAGCCAUCCAGUCUUAUGAUCCCCACGGGACACUGCACGCAAUCACCCCGUCCGAUUUGCCAACAAUAUGUUCGAAAAAGACACGAACGGUGUUCUCUGUGGCACAGGAGGAAUCUCUGGUGGAGUAUCUGAAUCAGAAUACUGAUCCGCAUUUUGGGCUAACUUCGAGGGAUGUGAAGGUGUUGGCGUAUCAAUUUGCAAAAAGUCUGAAGAUCAUUGUUCCCGGAUGGGAGGUGAACGGAAUGGCGGGAAAAGAAUGGCUAAAGAGUUUCCACACGCGCAAUCCUUCAUUGAUUAUCCGGAAACAGGAAGGACAUGGAGAUUGCCAUCGAACUGUAAUUAACAAGAAGAAUAUUGCUAGAUUUAUUGAUGAAAUGCGUGGUGUCAAAGAAGAAUCUUCCAUUUCCUGCACAAUUUGCGAUGAAACAUUUGAAAAUUUAGACGAUCUAACGCAACAUAUUGAACUUCAUGAGGAUUCAGUCCUUUUUGAGUGCGCUCAUUGCUUUAAGAAAUUCCCCAACAAAUUUGCCCUUUCAUCUCACAUUCGGCAUCACAGGAAGUUGCUAAAUGAUGAGAAGCGCAGCGACGAUGAACUCUUCUCCUGCCCAACGUGUGGAGACAUAAUACGUGGAAAGUACCAUUUUCACGAUCAUCAAGCAGUUCACAUGAUUGAGAAGCCUUUUGUAUGCGACAUCUGCCAGAUGCGCUUCCAGAACAAAGUAGCUCUGACGGGGCACACAAAGAGGCUACACACCUGGGAAGGACAGAAGUUCAAAUGCCCCAAAUGUGGCUUCAUCUUCAAGUAUUUGGGGAAUUUGAGGAAGCACACAAUGAAGCAUCAGCAGCUAACAACCAAAAAGAUUCAAAAGAAGACUUAUGUGAAGAGGCUCAAACGUGAAGACGCACCAAUCUACCCUGUUGAUCCCACAUUGAUUAAGACCGAGGAGGAGGAGGAGGAUGAUUUGAAUUUUGAGAGUGAAAUUGAUCUUUCUGCAACGGUUAAAGUUGAGGAAGAUCCCUUCUGGGGAAUUAAGCAGGAAGUUGAUGAAUAAAACCCUGAAGGGUACAUAUUAUAAAAUCCAUAAA